AUGUACUUUUUCCUCAAACACUUGUCUUUUCUAGACCUUGUUUAUUCCUCAGCUGUCAUUCCUAAAAUGCUGAUGAAUGUCUUAGCAGAGAAGAAAACCAUUUCGUACACUGGCUAUGCAAUACAGAUGUUUUUCUUUGGCCUCUCUGCAAGUCCAGAGUGCCUCCUGCUGGUUGUGAUGGCAUAUGACCAUUAUGUGGCCAUCUGUAACCUGCUGCUCUAUAUGGGCCUCAUGUCCCGAAGAGCCUGUGCCCAGCUAGCAGCUGGCUCAGAUCUCAGUGGUUUUGUGAAUGCAAUGACACAAAUAAUUUCCACCUUUAGAUUGUCUUUCUAUGGUUCCAACAUCAUCAAUCAUUUCUUCUGUGACAUCUCUCCACUCUUAGCUCUCUCCUGCUCCAACACCCACAUCAGUGAGACAGUGGUAACUAUUUCCACUAUGUUUCUGGGCUUAUUCACUUCAGUGGAAAAUCUUGUUUCCUAUAUUUUCAUUGUCUCCACCAUCCUGCGGAUCCACUUUGCUGAUGGGAAACGCAAAACAUUCUCCAAUCUGUGCUUCCCACCUGAUGGCUGUUGUCAUCUUCUAUGGAACCAUGGCGUUCAUGUAUCUGCGACCCAAUUCCAGCUACUCAAAGGGUGA